AUGCGCAGCGAUGGGAUCUUAGGAAACAGAAACGAUCAAGUAACAGGAGUCAAAGCCACCACGAGCAAGCGAAUAAAGUGGUUGCAGAGAAGGGAACGAUGGUUGGUGGUGCUUGGUGUGAUUCUUCAUGCUGUUUACAUGCUUAGCAUUUUUGAUAUAUACUUCAAAUCUCCUAUUGUUCGUGGUGUAGAUCCUGUUCCUCCUCGGUUCUCUGCCCCUGCCAAACGACUCGUUCUACUAGUUGCUGAUGGUUUGCGUGCUGACAAGUUCUAUGAGCCUGAUUCGGAAGGGAAUUACAGAGCACGGUUUCUGAGGAGCAUAAUUAAAAAUCAAGGUCGUUGGGGGGUUUCUCAUGCUCGCCCUCCUACUGAGUCGAGGCCUGGUCAUGUUUCCAUAAUUGCUGGCUUCUAUGAAGAUCCUAGUGCAGUUUUGAAAGGGUGGAAGGCUAAUCCUGUUGAGUUUGAUUCUGUGUUUAACAGAAGCAGCCAUACGAUUUCUUUUGGAAGUCCCGACAUAGUUCCAAUUUUCUGUGGUGCCUUGCAGCAUAGCACAUGGGAUACCUAUCCACACGAGUUUGAAGACUUUGCAACUGAUGCAUCAUUCCUGGACUUGUGGUCUCUAGAUAAAUUCCAAAGCCUUCUUAAUCAGUCCAAUGAAGACCCAAAAUUAAAGAAGUUGCUGCAGCAGGAUAAUCUUGUUGUAUUCCUGCACCUACUUGGAUGUGACUCUAAUGGUCAUGCACACAGGCCCUUUUCAUCUAUCUAUCUCAACAAUGUUAAGGUUGUUGACCAUGUAGCUGAAAGUGUAUAUAAUCUUGUUCAAGAUUAUUUCAAGGAUAAUCUUACAUCAUAUGUUUUUACAGCAGAUCAUGGAAUGAGUGAUAAAGGAAGCCAUGGAGAUGGACAUCCUACAAACACUGAUACACCCCUUGUUGUAUGGGGAGCUGGUGUUAAACAUCCAUUGCCAGUAUCGAGCAGCAAUCAUUCUGAUCGCGGUUUUAGGUUUGUUGACGACCACGUGCAUGAUGCGCCAACACCAAUUGAAUGGGGCUUGCGUGGGAUAGAAAGGGUGGAUGUCAAUCAGGCUGAUAUUGCACCACUCAUGUCUACAUUACUUGGUCUGCCAUGUCCAGUUAAUUCAGUCGGUAUUCUACCACGAGAUUACAUUAACAUGACCAAGGCUGAAGAAGUUGAAGCUGUUCUAUCCAAUACAAAGGAAAUUCUGAACCAGUUUCUUCGAAAAUCCCAUAUAAAGCAGUCACAUUUGUUAUACUUUAAACCUUUCAAGCCACUGUCUCAUUAUUCUUCAAUAUUGGACAAAAUUGAGGGUCUGAUAUUGGCUAGAGAUUAUGAUUCUGCAAUGGACUUAUCUGAAAACCUUAGAAGUUUGGCAUUGCAAGGACUUCACUAUUUUCAGACUUAUGACUGGCUGAUGCUCAUGUCUGUUAUUACCCUUGGGUAUCUUGGUUGGAUGAUCUAUCUUGUUCUUCACGUGCUGCAGUCUUAUACUUCACUGCCAGGAAAUAUUUUUGGAAUGGAGCGAGCAACUGAGAGAAAUAGCCAAGGAAAAAUAUAUCUAUGUGGAUGUAUUGUGACUGGAAUGAUUUGUUUGCUAUUUGUGCUGGAGCAUUCUCCUCCUCUUUACCAUGCAUACAUGAUAAUGACAUCAUUUCUAUGGAUUCAAAUAAUUAGUGAAUACCAGUUUAUAAAGGCAUUAUGGAAACACUUAUUUGAAAGAAGAAUGCACCGCAUUAUUAAGCUACUCGCCACUACUGCUGUCGCAGUUUUUAUUGCAGAAUUCCUGGUUAACAGCUUCACUGAUAGGAAACUCUAUACUGGGUGUUUUUUAUUUGCUGGGGCCUCAGCUUCAUUUUAUCUUUUUAAAUCAAUUCCCUGGAGAUCUGGCAUACCGAUAUAUGUCUGCAUUUCAUGUUGGUGUUUGUCUAUUUUCACAUUGAUGCCAGCAGAAAUUCCUGACAAUAAUCUGUUAGUAGUUAGUAGCGGCGCUGUUAUUAUCAUUAUAGGAAUAGCUGCGAGGUGGCUAGCUUUACAUGCUGGAGGGAGUAAGUUUUGGCUAAGUAUAUCCAAUUGUGAGCUGAAAAGUCCCAAAUAUUCAGCCCUAUUUUACUUUCAGGCUCUUUUGGUUGCUUUAUCUUCACUCAUGGUGUAUUUAUCAACUACUCACAGAACUGAAAAGCAAGAAUUGCUUGUAUUUCACCAGUUGAUAAAUUGGAGCAUUGCAGGUUUUUCUAUGGUACUCCCACUGUUUUCAGAAAAUAGCAUCUUAUCUCGACUAACUUCCAUAUUCCUUGGCUUUGCACCUCCAUUCCUUCUUCUCUCCAUUGGAUAUGAAGCUGUAUUCUAUGCUGCUCUUGCUCUUGUACUUAUGGCAUGGAUACUUUUUGAAAAUACACUUUUCAACUUGAAUAUUAAGAACUCAACAUCAAAUUCCAUUAAAAUCGUUACAAAUCAUCUCAUCCUUGGAUAUGAUAAUAGAUCUUUGCAGCUCUCUGAUGUGAGAAUCCCGUUGGCCUUUAUGGUUUUGUUCAACAUUGCCUUCUUUGGAACGGGAAACUUUGCCAGUAUUGCUAGUUUUGAGAUUUCAUCAGUUUAUCGGUUCAUUACUGUCUUUAGUCCAUUUCUGAUGGCAGCGCUGCUCAUCUUCAAGUUAUUUAUACCCUUCAUACUUGUAAUAUGUGCAUUUAGUGCAAUAACCAAACUUAACGAAGUUCCAAGGAUGGGAUGCUACUUUCUUGUUAUAUUAUUCUCAGACGUGAUGACCAUUCACUUUUUCUUUCUGGUACGUAAUACAGGAAGUUGGAUGGAAAUUGGAAAUAGUAUCAGUCAUUUUGGUAUCGUGAGUGCCCAAGUUGUUUUUGUUCUGUUACUAUUUGCUCUCACAAAUACAUACACAAAAAACAUUCAAUGCAAUUCAGCAGUACAGACCACACGUAAGGCAAAUUAG